GGGAUGGGAGGCGUCGGAUAACAGGAGGCAGCGACCGAGAGUGCAGUCGUCGAUGACAUUAGUAGCCCACGGUGGCGUCGGUCGUCCACAGUGGAUGCAGUCCCCGUCUCCAUUGUCGGGAGGUUGCUGCGAGCCCCGACGUGCAUCUGAGUGCGGGCCGAUGGACGAAGACUUUGCAAGCGGGGGUGUCGAACGAGAUGGGAGGCGCGUGUGGAAGGAACACCGGCUGGAGAUGCAUCCACAGCAAGAGGAAUCAAUAACCCAGGGGGUGCAGCGAUUGCGCGUGGGGGAGCGGGCAUUCGAGGCAGACGGGCCAGUCGUGGGAGGCGACGAGUACGAAGACGACGAUGAAGGCGAGUGCGACACACAGGACGACGACACAGGCGACGUGUUCCCGUUGCGGACGACUAGCAUGGGCGGUCGGGGGGGUAAGAGCAAGGCUUGUGCGUCGACAGGCCGGCGGGGAAAGAAGGCGGUGGGUGGGGGUGGCGAGGCUGAAGAUGAUGGGGAGGCGAAGGGUGGCCGAAACUUCUGGUUGGUGGAGCAAAUGGUCGCCCUCAUCGGGGCGAAGGGGGACCAGGAUGCGCAACCGCAGGGGUCGGGCCACGCAUUCGCUUGUAUUUGGCCGAGGGAAUGGAAGUGGGCGGACUCUCGCGAGAGGUUGUUGAAGGUUGGUGGGCCGACAGACAAAUGCGGGAAGAAGUGGGCUAAUUUGAUGCAGCAGUUCAAGAAGGUGCACUUGUUCCAGGAAGAGUCUGGGAAGGAAGACUUCUUCUGGUUGUCGGCAAAGGAGAGGCUGAUGAGGGGGUUCCAUUUCACCAUGGAUUGGGCCGUCUACGAUGAGAUCAAGGGAUUGACCUCAAAGCGUCACACAAUACACCCGCAAAAUAUCGCAGACACGGAUGGAGCAGGAGGUGUGCAACUUCCAUCCGGGUCUUCGGGCGGUCCUGAAUCUGUCGGCAAUGUGGAUGUGGGUGGCGAUGGCAACGACAAAGACGACAACUCGACGAGGGGUUGUCCAAAGACCACGGGCAGCCUUGGCGAUUUCAGGAAGAGGAAGAACAUGAGAUAACAGACUUUCGAACCCCUCACCGAGUGUAUGGAGAAGCACGGGACGCUAAUGGCAUCGACCUUG